AUGCUUUUUCUUUCAGCUUCAGCGCAGAUUUUCAGUCUUUUUGCUAUAUUGAUUAUGUUGAACCCAAUGACAGGUAUUAAUGGAGGGGAUGACACUCCAGCCCGCUUGGCUGGUCAUCCUGAUUUCGCGAAGGCUUGCCGCGAUGCCGCCCGAUCAAGCCGUUCAACUUGUGGUCUUCACAGUUGGGCAUACAUCAAACAAGAGUCUACUUCCACUUCCAAACUUUUUGGAAAGGAUAUCAUCAAUUUAUGUACCUCCUCUCCUGACGAGAAGCCUAAGCCUUUUUUUGGACCCCUUCCAACUGUCAAACAGGAGUCCCCACCUCUUCAUACCACUCCGACUCGAACUGGAGGCGUGGCCACCAACUUGGCAUCUUCUUCACCUUUGCCUGACUUCAACUUGAGUGACUAUGAGAACUGGCCCCCUUUGAGUCCUCCCGUGAUGAGUCCGAAGAAACCCAGCCGCCCACAAUUUGUCACUCGUUCAAGUUUCGGUUAUGUUUAUCUUUAUCAAGUUUUAGGUUAUCUUUACUUCCUCUUUAUCUUUAUCUCAAAUAGUUGCUUAUGUUCAAUUUGUGGUCCAAUGAAGGCUUCUAAAUGUGCCCGAGAAUUAGUAUUGGUUAUAGAAUACGCUCCAAUUGCCCAAUUAUUACCUAUGUGA